AUGUUCCAUGCCAACGAAUGGAACGUCGCGGAAAACGAGCAAGAACUCCAAAAUGCUAAAGACAGUGAUGGGGGUUGGGUGCCUCUCCACCCGGAUAUCGCAAAGGGCGCCGGCGGAUGGAUUACCACAGGCUUUCAAGAUGCCUACCUUCAGUUGCUGGAUCAGAGGAAAAGUGGCAAAGACAAGAAGGCAGUGGAAGUGGGAGGCAAAACUAAAUCUCCUGGGUUCUUCCAAAGGUGGCUCGGCGGCGGGAAGUAG